GUGGAAUGAGGGUGGAAUUAAGUUGCUCAUGAACAUCAGCAAAAGCAGCAGUGUGUAUUGUCAUUUUGAAAUUUCAAACAAUAGAAAAUUGUCCCUGACGUCAAUAAAACCCCAAUUCUUUUGCCAAUGACUAUGGCCGGAGCACGCAUGCGCUCUACCGGGCUGUCGCCUCCCUUCCCCAGCCUCUCGGCUCUAUCGUAUCCUUGUUCUCUUUGUGCGAAUUUUCAAGCUACGGGAAUGAGCGAUAGUCGGAUACUUGCGAAGAAGCUUAGCGAUGGCCAACGAAGAAACCCAUUAAUUGAGGCAAUAGGGGCCAUAACGACGAUAAAGAAAACUAGAGAUAGGUGGCCGAAUGUUCUAGAAUGGUCAUGUGAUGUCACGAGACCAGUUAUGUCGCACUUUUGAAAAAAAUUUCUGACGUAGUUUUUUUUUUUUUUUUUCUCACGAUUUCUAAGGUCGGGUAUUUCAGAUGAUUUAUUUUUACAAGGUUGAAUUGCAUCUUAAAAGAGUGAUUUGUGGCACGGGCAGAGGAUGUGUAAUGAAAACUGAGCUGCCCAGACAAAUUCUUCAGAACCUCGCUCCGCGCAUGCCUGUCUUUGGAGCAGAACCCACCAUGUCUGAGCCAGUGCUUAGCAUGAACAGGAACCCCCCUCCCCCAGAGUACAAGAACCAUAAAAAACCUGGGCGCCUCACCAACCAGAUCCAGUACCUUGAGAAAGUGGUGGUCAAAGCCUUGUGGAGGCACCAGUUCUCCUGGCCUUUCAGGCACCCUGUGGACGCUGUACAGCUCAACCUGCCUGAUUAUUAUACAAUAAUCCAAAACCCAAUGGACUUGAGCACCAUCAAAAAGCGUCUUGAAAAUAAUUACUAUUGGAGGGCUAUGGAAUGUGUUGAAGACUUCAACACGAUGUUUACAAAUUGUUAUGUUUACAAUCGGCCUGGAGAUGAUAUAGUUUUGAUGGCCCAAGCUCUUGAAAAGCUGUUUCUUGAGAAAGUAGCUGAAAUGCCACAGGAUGAGUUUGUGAUUACAGCAGUUACAAACAAGGCACCUCUGAAAGGACGGAGGAUAUCCACUGCAGUCAUGGGGAAAAUACGGCCUCAGUCUCCUGUGUCUGAGGUUGUGUUUCAGCAGACAGUGACCGUGAUACCUCCUGAAGCACUGCACACCAUCUCGUCUACACCCCUGUCUGCGCAGCUUGAAGCCAAAUUGAAAAAGGGGGUGAAAAGAAAAGCUGACACCACAACCCCCAUGCCUCCUGUCCUUAACAGCAGUGAGUCAUCUUCCUGUGUCUCAGAACCGAAGGUGUUGAAGUUGUUCUCACGGCGAGGCAGUGGGCGACCCAUCAAACCACCACGUAAAGACCUGCCAGAGUCGCCACAGCAGCACCAAGUGGGCUGCCGUACCAAACUCUCUGAAAGGCUUAAAUACUGUAAUGGCAUCUUGAAGGAGAUGUUGACAAAAAGGCACUCUGGAUAUGCCUGGCCCUUCUACGAGCCUGUGGAUACUGUGGCACUCUGCCUGCAUGACUAUCAUGAUAUUAUUCAACAGCCCAUGGAUUUGGGCACCAUUAAAAAAAAGAUGGACAAUCGUGAGUACACCGAUGCCUUGCAGUUUGCUGCAGACAUUCGUCUUAUGUUCUCGAACUGUUACAAGUACAACCCACCGAACCAUGAGGUUGUGGCGAUGGCCAGAAAACUCCAGGAGGUUUUUGAGUCCCGCUUUGCUAAAAUUCCAGAGGAGUCGAGGGCUUCAGCACCUGGUCAGCACCUUGUGCCUAAAAGGAAGAAAAAUAACGAGAGCAGAAGUCCGUCCAGCUCUGAGAGCAGCGAGUCAGAUUCAUCUUUGUCAGAAAGCUCGUCAGACUCUGAAGACGAAGAGAAAAGGGCACAAAGAUUGUCUGUUCUAGAGGAACAGCUUAAGGCGGUGCGGCAGCAGCUGCAAAUACUGACCCAAACACCAUUGCUGAAGCAAAAGAAGAAAGAGAAGUCAAAGAAGGAGAAAAGAAAAAAUGAUAAACGAAAGGGUGGUGAAGUGCAAAAACCAGUUCCAGAGAAGGUGCACAGGAGAUCGAGUGGCAGCAAGUCAUCAGGGAGGAAUAUGGAGAGCAAAGCGUACGAGUCUGAAGAAGAGGAACUCGCUCUGCCCAUGUCCUAUGAAGACAAACGACGUUUAAGUCUGGACAUCAACAAGCUGCCUGGAGACAAACUAGGCAAAGUGGUAAAUAUCAUCAAGGCCAGAGAACCUAUGCUUAGAGACACAGACCCUGAGGAGAUUGAGAUUGACUUUGAGGCACUCAAACCAACUACGCUCCGAGCUUUGGAAACUUUUGUCAUGACCUGCCUAAAGAAAAAGCCUAAGACGCCUGGACAGAAAAAUCCACAAAAACCCAAAAAAGAUGAAAAAAUGAAGGAAAUUGUGAAACAGAAUGCCAAUGAAGAGCCGGCCUUGAACAAGAGGACCAAGGCAAAAAGUGAACAGUCAUCAGAGCCCAAGGAGCUGGCGCUCUCGUCUCGCCUUAGUGAGAGUAGCAGUUCCUCCUCUGGUUCUGAGAGCAGUAGUUCUGACUCUAGUUCUUCUGAUAGCAGUGACUCUGAAUCAGAGCAGAAACCUAAGAAGAAAAACAAAGCCCAUGGUCAUGGCACCAAAAUUAAAAACAAGGCGUUGAAGAGCAUUGCCCUUGAGCGGAAGGAGUCCACUAAAGACCCGUCUGAGCAGACCAUCAAGCCACCUGCUGAGGAGGCCGAAGCGCCACCAGCUCUGCACAGCCAGCUACCUCCUCAGCCAUCCAGACCCAGUGCCAAAGCCACUCCUUUAGUUCGAAAGACCUGGAUGACCACACAAAAUAUGCCCUCUGAGCACAGCCCCUCAUCUCCCACUGACCUUCCUGCCGCAGACAUUCCCACCUCCUUUUCCUCCUGCCUUACCCUCAUACCAAUGCCAUCUACGUCAUCCCCCCCCAUAGCCUGUGCACAUCCGCCUGCUUCACCCAGUCUCUUUACUGUCCAAAAUUCCCCAGUAUCUGCUCCCACAUACCCAGCAUUUCCCCUCUCAACUGCAGCCCCUGUAAAUCCUGUGAUUAAGGCUCAGCUCAAAGGUUUCCCUGCUCUGCUUUCUCCACUUUCUUCUCCUCCUGGACUGCCCUCUUCAAACUCUGCAGCAUCUGUAGCAAGACACCAGCCCACCACCAAGCAGGAGCAGUGUCCCAGUUUGACCACUCUGUUGGAAGAUAAGGAGGAACCAGGUGUAGCGGGAGAGUCUCAGCUGCACACAACCCCUGGUACUAAACCCACAGAAGAUGCAGAACCACACAAACCGAGCCAAGACCACAAGCCCAGUGUGGCUAAAACGGAGAUUGUUUUGAAACAUGCAGACUCCUGGACAAGCCUGGGCAAGAUGGCUGCUCUUGCUCCUUCUGCCAUUCGAUCAUCCAAGGAGAGUUUCCAACAAUUCCGCAAGGUUGCCAUGGAGAAGGAGGAGCGAGAAAGGGCACGUAAGCUCCAGCUGGAGGCUGGUCGAGAGCGGAGCGGCUCCGACAAAAGCAGCCUGACACAGCAGCUUGCUAAGACCAAAUUAGAGAUUCAGGCCUCCAGGACGGAGAUGGAGUCUGCAGAGCUUCCCAUUAUGGCAGCCAUUUUAGACCAACCUAAAACGCCAGAAACUUCUGCCAUGGACCGCGAAAGAGAGAUGGCACGCAAGAGAGAGCAAGAGAGACGCAGACGGGAAGCUUUGUCUGGAACCAUUGACAUGACCAUGCAGCAUGACAUCAUGGCCACCUUUGAGAAAAACCUCGACUGAAAUGACUAAAAAAAUAUAUAAAUAAAUACAUAUAAAGAAUUAUUUGUUUAAAAAAAAACACAUAUAUACAUAGAUAUACAUGCUACUUUUAUGUGUCAAGAGUAGCUGGUCUUCUCCGCUCGCUAACAAGCUCCACGAGUCCUGGUGACUGAAACGGGUUCUCACACCUCACCAGUGUCGUUGACUCACUUUACUCACUUUAGCACAUUUUUAUGGAAGUGACUGUAGAUAAAAAAAACUAAAAAUGUAAGAAGUUGAUACUGUACAGUGUACAAUUAAAGUGGAGCAUGCCAUGCAAUGGGCCGCUUGUGCAUUGAAAUGAUAUAAUAUGUAAUGAUAUUGGUAUUUAGAUGUUUGCUUAAGUUCGAAUAUUGAGGUACACAUAGUCACUUCCUUUUGUGAAGGGUAAAAAUGUAACUAAAAUGGUGAUUGCUCAUCCAAUACUGUAUGUUUUAUUUUGCAUUCUCCCUCCCCCCUUUAUUUUGUACUGAAAAUGAUGUCCAUUGUUGCUUUUAUAUACUAAGAAGUAAAGAAACGGGUCUGCUUGCACUGAGUGUUGUUAAAACUGAUGGGUCUAUAAAGCAGGAAGUAAGAAAUGCUCUACUUGUAUAUUUAUGGAGUUCAAAGCAGUUGUAUGUGAAUAACAUUCCAUUGUCAGUUUCCAAAACAUGUCACUGUAUAGAUGCAUCUUUACAGCAUCCCCUUCAAUGCUUUACAGUGGUAAGAUGCAUAUGCGAAAGCCUUACGAGUUGUAAUUAUAUUCUUUGGCAGUAUCCACUGGUUUCCUAAAUGUAGCAUGAAAAGUGAAGGGAUGUACAUUUGUGAUUUGCAAUAUGAACAUUUGUAAAAAAGAAGUUUGUGGUAAUAAUAGUUGCAAAUCUUCAAAUCGGUUGCAUUUUUCUGCUUUGUGAUUCAUACAUUUACUGUCUAAAUGUUGCAUUGAAGUCAUCUUAGACAGCAAAGUAACUCCAUGUUCAAUUGAAACAAUCAGUAUUUUGUCUGUAGUAGAAGUAAUAUGCAUACGAAUGUGACCUUUGCAUAUAUUAUUCCGUAAUAUAAUUGCUAUUGUAUGUCAUUGCGUGACUGACGAUAUAUAUUUUGAUUACAAAGAAUUGUUUAAGUGAAUUAUAAUGCACAGUGCAAUUCCAGUUAACUUUUCUGUGACGCACCGCAAAAUCCUAGUGUUGCUUUAACUGUUCUGUAAGGCAUUUAAAAACUCACUGUUGAUUCAGUGUUUGGCAGGUUACUAUGCCUACAGUUUGUAGUCUGUGUUUAGUUAAGGUGUUUGUGCAAAACCUGCAAUUUUGUUUUUCCUUUGACCCUGAUGCUUGUGGUGAUCUCUUCUCAGUUGACUUCCUUCUGUCCAUCACUCAAGCACUUUAUUCAGCAUCCUGGUAGGACACAAGUGAAGAAGGAUAUGGGGAUAUUUCAUAGUGACCAUAGUCUAGUAAAAAUAAAAAUAAUCAAAUAAACUAUUUUCAAUUAA